AUGUCAACGAAAAUCUUUUUUUUAUCAUUCGUCGCAUUAUUAUUAUGCUUACCUUUUGGAUCAACUGCACCUUCUGAUCACACAUACUAUCUUUCACUAGGAGAUUCGUUUGCUGCAGGCGUUGAACCUAUUUCUCCUAAUAAAUCGAUUUCUCCGGCUUUUUCGUACGCAAACGCAUUGUAUGACCUGUUAAAGAAGAAUUAUAGUAAUUUAAAAUUAAUAAAAUAUGGUUGCAGUGGUGAAACGAGUGAUGGUCUUAUUAAUUAUAACAAAUGUAGUAAGAACCCGAAGUAUAGUCAAUUAAAUCAAGCCAUAGAUUUUAUGAAUUCGCACAGAGGCAUGGUAAAGUUUGUUACAAUUAAUAUUGGAGUAAAUGAUUUACAUAAAUAUUGCCAUGAUAAGGAUCUUGAUGGGAAAUGUGGUUCAAAAGUAUUAAAGAAUUUAUCAAAUAAUUUAAUCGAUGUAAUAAUUCCCAAGUUAAAGGAAGCAGGAGGAGAGGGUGUACAAUACGCAGGUUCUACAUACUUUCAUCGUUUCACGAAUGAUUUAAAUGAUCUUUCAGUCAAGAUUUAUCGUGAGAACGGUUUCAGAGUAGCAGAUAUUAGAUCUGUUUUUGGUACAAAUGGUGAUCCUUCCGAGUUCAAAAGGAGAGUAUGUCUUUACACUAACUCGUGUAAUAAAUAUAAUAACUCUCAUCCAAAUGUUCCAGGUUCACGUGAAAUUGGAAAUCUUUACCAUAAGGAAUUAGGUCCAUUCAAUUAG